AUGGCAACGUGGUGUGCAAACGACUCCUCUGAAGACGGCGAUGUAGUCCAGGAGACAGAAUACGACGAAAGCGAAAAAGACACAUCAGGUAGCGUUAAUUUAGGCGAAAAAGCAGUAAACGAUCCUCCAGAGGAAACCUGCAGCUCCCACAAGACGGCAGACGAGAAAAGGGAGAAUUUUAACGGCAAGAAACUCCUAAAUCCCGAUGGAGAGCAGCCAGAUGAUUCUACCAAAGAGGCUCAAAUGUUACCACAGAUUUAUAUCCCCACAAAGCCGCUCACAUAUGAAGACAGAGUCGCCCUCUUCUGCGAUCAGAUACUCGGGACCUGCACGGCUGAAGAGGCAGAUGAAGCGAUUGCCUUUUAUGUAACUGAGCAAAUCGGUAAUAAACGCUCUUGGACAGCAGUAUGGAAAACUCCCCCUGACGUCCUGUUGUUGAAUUGUGAUACUGAGGAUGUGCCAAGUGUUGGCGUACUUGUCCAGGUGAAUUGUACACCAUGUGAAGGAAAAGCGCUGCCACUUCGUGUCACUGUAUCUGUGGCAGAACCGCUCUCCUCAAAUGUCGCUAAUCUACCAAGAGAGUUGGUAGAAGAAGUCUUGAAGGAAUAUGAUUACUCUGUUCCAAUCUUAGAUGUAUACCCUGUCCAGGGGUUAGGCUCUGAAGUGGACAAUAUCGCUGAGGCCCUGGAACAUGCAAGGUUUUUCUAUGAUUUCCUGUGGAGAGAUUGGGACGAUGAGGAGGAAUGUCCAGAAUAUGCAGGGCAAAUUGAGAAACGCUUGCAGCUCUAUUAUCAUAUUCAGGAUGGAACCAUUCCUGGCCCUAUAAGCAAGAAAUACCAUACAACCCUAGAGGAGUACCGAAGCAAACGACUGGAGCUGACAAAGUUUCAGACCAACAUCCAUGGUCAAGCGACACCAGGGGAGGCGGUGGAGUGCUGGAAGAAGUACUAUGAGAUGUCAAUGUUGUGUGGCCUUCUCAAAUUUUGGGAGGAUAUGAGACUCAGGAGUCAUGGCCCAUUUUAUUCAAGGAUCUACAAGCACAGAAAGGGACAUAGACCAACUGGGAAGAAAGUGACCCACAUUGUUGCUCAGAUUAUGACAACUGAUAUGAUAAAGACUUUCUCCUUAGACACUCUUAUACAGCAGCAUGACUCUUUAGAGGGAGCAUUAGAGUCAUGUUUCUCUGGAGACAUGGUGGUUAUCUUCCCUGGGGAAUACCAAGCAGACAGCCUGGCCUCACUCACAGAUGACAUCCACAUUAAGGGAGCUGGAGAGAGGCAGGAAGUGGUGAUCUUCUCUGAGCCCACCAGUGACAACUUUGUGGCCUCCAAGGGGUCUCAGGUGACUCUCCAGGACCUGACACUGGUUCAGAGGGGCACAUGUGAUGGCAUUGUGGUGGUGGAGUCAGGCCAGAUGACUUUGAAGAACUGUGUACUAAAGUGUGAGGGCACUGGUGUGUGUGUGCUGACUGGUGCUUCUCUUUUCAUGACCAACUGUGAGGUCACUGGAGCUCAGGGAGCUGGUAUAGAGCUUUACCCAGGGAGUGUGGCUGAACUUCACCAGAAUGAAAUCCACCACUGCAGCAACCAAACCAGUAAAGACCCCAAGAACUCACUGGGUGGCAUCAAUAUGAAGGUCCUUCCAGAGCCACAGCUCAGGAUGUCUGAGAACUACAUCCAUGACAACCAUGGCUAUGGGGUGACAGUACUGGUGCCUGAUAAUAUCCAAGGCAAUGUUAAUGAAGACCAGGUAACUGCAAGUGGUGACAAGAAUGAAUCUAGUCAGCUGGCCAAAGCUAUUCAAAAACUUAGUCUGAAAACCAGCACCAAUAAACUUGAGUCCAACAGCCUGGGUGAAGUGGGCCUGCUGCACAAAAUGUGGCUCACCUCAUAAAAAGCAAUCUUAAUUCACAGUUUGAGAUGAAAAUUAGCAGUUAGAUUUGUUGCUGCCAAAGAGCAUUUUAAUGUUAUUUAAUUGUCCUUGUCAGUUGAGAGAUUGAUGAAUGUCUUUAAACAAGCAGUUUAUAACUUUCAUAUGAUUUGUAGCAAUUUAUAAUAGUCUAAAUUCAUCUUUUUUGCAGUGAGUUGAUUAUAUCUGAAAACAGAUACAUAAAUUGAGUUCAAACAGCACUUAAUAAACACAGUUUAAUGAGAACAACUUGUAUUUUGUACAUCAAAUUAAGGAAUGUUGUACCAGUUGUAUAAUAUAUUUUGCAAUCAGUCACACACUACAGUCAAUGAAAACAUCAGACAAACUCAUUUGCUUGCUCAAAUGUUGGAUGUAAGCAUGGCUUGUGUAAUAACAUGAUUUCCAUGUGAAUAUGAUGAUUUCCAUGCAUUUGACAAUUUAAAGAAAAAGAAAAAAAAAA